GUAUAGUGUGCGUCUAGUUGCUGUUCCUCUCGUGCAAGAGCAACGAUAAGAUAUAUACUCAUUCUUUUUUUUAUUUUCUGUUUUAAUAUCAGCCCCAAACUCCCUUGUGAACUGUUAAGUCUCUGAUCGAUCUUAAGAGUCCCCAACAACGACAUAAGACACAAAAAAUGGAGGGGAAUCUAGAGAAGAAGCUGUUGAGCAGAGAAAAAAAAUCAGAAGAAGAAGAAGAAGAAGAGAAAUUAUCAUUGGUGAAGAGGGUGUGGGAAGAGAGCAAGGUGAUGUGGAUAGUGGCAGCACCAGCCAUAUUCACAAGGUUCACCACCUUUGGCAUCAGUGUUAUAAGCCAAGCAUUUAUUGGUCAUAUUGGUUCAAGGGAACUCGCUGCUUAUGCUCUUGUGUUCACUGUCAUCAUACGCUUUGCCAAUGGUAUUCUGUUAGGAAUGGCAAGUGCGUUGUCAACACUUUGUGGACAAGCAUACGGUGCAAAAGAAUAUGACAUGAUGGGAGUGUAUCUUCAAAGAUCAUGGAUAGUUUUAUUCUUAACUGCAAUCUGUCUUCUUCCCCUGUUGAUCUUCACAAGCCCAAUUUUGACUAUCUUAGGCCAAGAUGAGAGCAUAGGACAAGUGGCAGGAACCAUUUCUCUUUGGUCAAUUCCUAUCUUAUUUGCUUAUAUUGUCUCAAACAACUGCCAGACAUUCCUUCAAUCUCAAAGCAAGAAUGUCAUUAUUUCAUUUUUGGCAGCUUUAUCAAUAAUCAUUCAUGUGUCCCUCUCUUGGCUAUUCACAAUGCAAUUCAAGUAUGGGAUUCCUGGGGCAAUGAUUUCAACAAUUUUGGCAUACUGGAUUCCGAAUAUUGGUCAACUAAUAUUUAUUACAUGUGGUUGGUGUCCUGAAACAUGGAAAGGUUUCUCUGUUUUAGCAUUCAAAGAUCUUUGGCCUGUUGCCAAGCUUUCCAUUUCAUCUGGUGCCAUGUUAUGUCUUGAGUUCUGGUACAGCACAAUAUUGAUUCUUUUGACUGGUAACAUGAAAAACGCCGAGGUUCAAAUUGAUGCUCUAUCUAUAUGUAUUAACAUCAAUGGAUGGGAAAUGAUGAUAGCAUUUGGUUUCAUGGCUGCAGCAAGUGUUAGAGUGGCAAAUGAACUUGGAAGAGGAAGCUCCAAAGCUGCAAAGUUCUCUAUAGUUGUGACAGUGCUUACAUCCUUUGUAAUUGGGUUUAUCUUAUUUCUUCUUUUUUUGUUUUUAAGAGAAAAAGUAGCUUAUCUCUUUACUUCCAACGAAGACGUGGCUACUGCUGUGGGGGAUUUGUCACCUCUGUUAGCUGUUUCUUUGUUACUAAAUAGUAUUCAACCUGUACUCUCAGGAGUGGCUGUUGGAGCAGGCUGGCAGAGCACUGUAGCAUAUGUGAACAUAGGAUGUUAUUACCUCAUAGGUAUCCCGGUUGGAAUAGUGCUUGGUAACAUUAUUCAUUUGCAAGUCAAGGGUAUUUGGAUUGGAAUGUUGUUUGGGACACUAAUUCAAACUAUAGUCCUAACUAUAAUCACCUACAAAACUAAUUGGGAUGAGCAGGUAAUUAUAGCCCGUAGUCGUAUUAAUAAGUGGUCUAAAGUGGAAUCUGAUCAUGAAACAACUACAUCAGAUAAUUAGUUUCAGAUUCCUAUUUAUAUCCUCAUUAUUUGUUUGCCCAGUGUUGUACAUUAGAUAAGUAUCACUCUCUUUUAAGUAGUCCUUAGACUAAUCAAACUAUAUGAGUAGUCCUUAAAGUAUUGAAUAUGCAUUAAUUUAGUCUCUGAAAUAAUAUAUUUUACUAAUUAUUAUUGA